UGAUGUUAAAAUAUACUUAUAAAAUAAAAUAUCAUCCAGAUAAAUUAGGAGGAGAUUCAUCAAAUUUCUAAUUGAUUUAAAAGGCUAAUGAAGUUUUAUCAUAUCCUGAAAAAAAGAAAAUUUAUGACAAAUUUGGAAAAUAAAGGAUUACCUAAAUAAUUUAAUAUCAAGAAUCAAUAAUUUAAAAAUUUGAACCUCAUAAUCUCGGACAUAAAAUAGCACUUAAAGAUGUAGCUUUGGAAGCUUAUCAUAAAAAUCCUUAAAUGAUAUCAAAAGAUCAUGUGAAAAAUGUUAAUGUUAAGGAGGCAAAUAAUCUAUUCAAAGGCAAUUCUAAAGUAAUUCUAUUAAACAUAUUAGCUUGAUUAUGAAAAUGGAGAUAUCUAAAUAUAUCUAGAAAUUGAAUAACAUAAAAUAUUCAUUAGAAAGGGAAUGAUUUAUUUUAUUAACAUACAAUAUCUUUAAAAGAAGCCUUAGUUGGUGUUAAUAUAUAAUUAGAAACUUUGGAUGAGAAAAUUAUUAAAAUUACAACAAAAAAAGUAAUCAAACAAAAUUUAAUAUUAAUAAUAAAAGAGAAAGGUUUACCUAUAUUUAAAGAUGAGCUUCAUUUUGGUGACUUACAUGUUUAAUUUUACAUUCAGAUUCCUAAAGAAUUAUAUUAAGAUGUUACUCAGAAAUUAGCCUAAGUAAAUUCAAAUAUCUUUUGAGAUAUUACCAGGACAAUGUUUUAGACCUAAAAUAGUAUAAAUUUAUAAGAAUUUAAAUUUGAUGAUUUUGAAAAGCACUAAAUAAGAAUAGAAGAAAAUGAUGAUGAUGAGUUUAAUCCAAAUGGAAUUGAAUGCUUAAUGUUUUGAAUUUUUGUUUUAUUAUAAAAAAUAUGAAUCAAAAUUAAAGGAAAUUCGUUAGAUGUUUCAAUUGUAAUAUCAAACCUGCAACUCUCAAAUGUUUUGAUUGUAAUAAAAAUGAAGUAACAAAAUUAUGUUAUCAUUGUGAUUCUGCUUUGCAUAUUGAAUAAGAUCAUUAAAAAUAAAUAAUUCCUUAUGAUCAAAUGGUUAUAAAUGAAGAAAAAACAAAAUCAGUGACUCCUGAAAAAUAAUAAGAGUCUACACCUCAUUUGAGUUCUAUUUUGAGAUCUAGAAUUUAAAAAAAUGAAGAAAAUACUAAUUAUUUAAACAAUAAUGAUGAAUAAUUAAAUAAUAAUUAAAUUAAGUCUAUAGAACUAAAAUAUAAAAUAAAAUUGUAAGAAUAGGAGAAUACUAUUAAUUUAUUGAAAUAACAUAUAGAGAAUAUUGAGAAUAAACAUAAAGAAAACAUAUCAAAGAUGAGAGAUCAAUAGAUUAAAGCACAAGAUGAGAUAUAUAAAAAAUAAGAAGAAUAAAUUUAUGAAAUUAAUAAAUUGAGAAAAUCUUAUGAUGAUAAAAUAGCUUAAUAUGUCUCUUAAAUUGAUAGUGAAACUCAAUUUAAUAAUUCUCUUUAAUCAAAAUUAGAUGAGUUAAGGUAAUACUAUUAUAUAUUUUACAAGAAAUGUUCAUUAAAUAAAAUAAUAAGAAACAUAAUAAACAAUAUCUCAAUUAAGAGCUGAAAUUGAAAGAAGAAAGUUUACAGAAGAAUAGAUUUAAAUUGAUGCUGAAAAUAAACAGAUUAAUUUGAAGAAAGAACUAUAAUAAGAAUUUGAAAAAAAUAUAACAAUAAUGAAAAAUGAUUGUGCUUUUUAAAUAGAAGAAUUUAACUAAAAAUUAGUAGGAAAAAAUGAAUAAAUUUAAUGUAUGCAUUAAUAAAUUUAAUAAUUACAAAAUAGUUAAAAGGAUAUUGAAUUUAUAUGGUUAAAGAAAUUAUAAUAUGAAUAGUAAUAAUAGGAAGAGUUAAAGUAAUAGAUAAUUUAAUUGAUAGAAUUAAAUACAUAUAAAGUAAGGAUAAUUGUGAAGCUUUGAAAAAAGAAAUAAAAAAUCUAUAAUCUGAGAUAUCUAUAUACUAAAAAGAAAAUGAAUUAUUUUAAAAAGAGAAAAUGUCAUUAACUAAAUAAUUGAAUCAUUAAAUAUUAAAAAAAGAGAAAAUGGAUCGAUUCAUAUAUGGAUCUAAGAAAUCAUAAACAAAAAUCAAAAUGUGA